AUGCCCCCCAAUCGAAAGGCCGAAUCUUUAUCUGCGCCACAAAGAAUUACUCGCUCUGCUGCCCGUGCCCAGGAUCUCCAGCCCUCAACUCGAGUUACUACGGCCACGACCCGAACUGCUCGUUCGACUCGUCGUAAUAUCUCAGAGCAAGAUGGAGAGGAGAGUGAGGAUGAAUUGAAUCUCGUCCCAAACUCAACAAAGCUUCCAAAAACCACACGAUCCGUAUCAAAAUCCCCCAGACAGCCAACGAAAGCAAAACAGGUGAAUGUAGUUAUUCCCACCAAACCCGAGACGACGUGUACACGCGCCCGGAAACGCGCUGCAAAGGAAGUCUCCGUGUCACAAGAAGUUAUUCAUGAUGAACCGGGGGAAUAUACCCGAAAGAGACGCAAAUUGGCAUCCCCUGAACCAGAAGAACAUUCCGUGUCUUCUACCCGUGCAUCGUCUCCCAUGCAAGUCCAAUCGUCGCAACCUACGGCCACCAUCCUUCGUGCACCACAGAAAUCAAUAACCAAUAAUCUCUUACCGUCAGAAAUCUCCACUGCCUUACUCGCCCAAAAACGCGCCGUCCUUCACAAGUUGCAGCACCCGUCAUCUAUUGGGGGCAGUUUGCAAGAAGCUUCCCUCGAGAAUACCAAUGACCUGGCGGCUAAGCAGGUCGCUGACAUAUUAGAGGGCUCCGUCUUUCGAGGCGAAGGCAAUAGUUGUAUGAUUUUAGGACCGCGGGGAAGCGGUAAAACCCAGAUAAUCGAGCGCUGCAUUGUUGCUCUUCCGGAACCCCCAAUUGUCGUCAGAUUGUCUGGUUGGUUACAGUACAAUGAUCGGCUUGCUAUACAGGAAAUGGCCUAUCAAUUAAGUCAACAAGGUGCAACCCAAUUCUCUUUUGUCGCCGAGGAAGAGCCCACCGCAGUCGAUGAUGAAGAUCCAUUUGUUGAAGGCCGUUCUCAGGACGCCGUUACCGACUUCUCCUUGCCAGUUGCAUACCUUCAUACUCUUAUCUCCUGUAUCCCUACCCUUUCCCGUCCAACUGUCCUGAUUCUCGAUGCAUUCGAUCUUUUUACUUUCCAUCCUCGUCAAUCCUUGUUAUACUCUCUUCUUGAUACCGUUCAGAGUUGCAGGGCUGGGGCGGGUAACAAGGGGAUGGCUGUCAUUGGGUUAACCACACGAAUGGACACCCUCAACCUCUUUGAGAAGAGAGUGAAGAGUCGUUUCUCCGGUCGCAUGAUCAGGACGGCAUCUCCUAAGCUGUCGACAGAUUGGUUGCGCAUUGCAAAAGACAUGCUAUUACCUUCUGCCAAAGAUUAUCCCGAGCUGACGGAAGUCGCCGCCUUCCAGACCUUAUGGCAACGUCGCGUCGAUGACUUCCUCUCCCAAGGAAAAACGAUCCAGAUCUUCGAGGAAACCUUCACCCUCGUCAGAGAUAUCAGGGUCCUCAGCCGACUUCUAACUUUUGCUGUCCUGAAGUUAAGCGCAACAUCGCCAUGGCUUACGCCUGCACUGCUUGAAAAGGCAGCUGAGAGUCAACGAAUGAGAGUGCCGUUCCCUCAGCUUCCGAGUACGUACUACCUUUCUGAACCGAAUGUAUCAAUGAUCAAUGACGAAGCUAAAGGCAUGUCGUACCCAUCGCUCUGCCUUCUCGUAGCUUCUGUACGCGCUGAGAAUUUGGGAUAUCCCGCACUAACAUUCGAAAUGCUGCACACGAUCGUCCGCGACGAAAUUCGUGGGUCUAAUUCAGCACCCGUGCAAUUGAAUGGGAUGAGUAUUGGAAUGCAUAAAGUCUCCCGGCCAAUACUAAUGUGUGCCUUUGAACAUAUGAUGUCGGCCAGAAUUUUCGUAGUCUCCGCACCAGUCUUUGCUUACACUGCACCCGAAUUUGUCAAGUACCGUUGCGCGGUGCAACGUGUUGACGUUGAUAAGGCCGUAGGGAGUAACGGUCAACAUGGAUUGAAGACUUGGUGGAAGAAAGUUAAAGGCAAUUGA